GUGCUGCAAUCGAAGCCGGUGAGCAUGGUGGUGCAGUGGAGCGAGGUGCGCACCGCGUGGCAGGACAGCGACUUCAUCACCGAGUGUCUGUGCUGGCACAACGUGUACCGGCAGCGGCACGGCGCGCCGCAGCUCUACAUGGCACCUGAGCUAUGCGACUAUGCCCAAGCGUGGGCCAACCACCUCGCGCACACGAACAAGUUCCACUACAGGAACGACCGGGACGUGGGGCAAAACCUCUAUCAGAGACCGGUCAGCGCGCUGCAGCCUGAUGUCACAGGUCAGGAGGUGUCCUCCUACUGGUAUGCCGCCGUCAAGCAGUACAACUUCUUCAAGGAGCCUGAUGUUCUUCACGCUAAUGUUAAUGCAGGUCACUUCACCCAGAUGGUGUGGGUGGCGACACGGUACUUCGGCGUGGGCAAAGCUCGCUCCCGGGCGGGCAAGGUCAUCGUGGUCGCGAACUACUCCCCCCCGGGGAACAUGUCGGGCCAGUUCGAGACCAACGUGCUACCGCCGUUGCCAGAGAACUUUCCAGAAAUACCAGCCCCGCCCGAGCACUGACGACGGCUUUCCAUACGUGGCAGAAGGCUGAAGAUUGAUGCCACGUACACC